AGCCGAGGGCUACUUUCCUACUUUUCCGAUUAAUAUAUGGAAUGUCUCUCCACAUUGUGCUCGCUACGACACACGCAAGCUGUUUUGACGUUCGGUGGAGGGACACAAGACAGAAUAUAUAUUCCUGGACAUCGGUUAGACAUUGAGAAAUAUUGUAGAUUUAUCUCCUGCGUCACAAUCGAACAAUUUCAAGAAGCCUGUGGCCGUCAACUUGAUGCUAUGGUCCAUUUACAGAGAAGCAAAAAAUCAGAUAUUAGACAAUGGGAGAGUUAUUCGGGAAUGAAGUUUUUAUCAAAGGUCAAAAAUCAACACCCCGGAAAUGACCCGGAAAAUAUCAAUGUCAAUGUUAUUCCAGAUUUUCCAAUCCCUGGUGGCGGGAAAUUCCGGAAGUUCAAACCCGAUGAAAUAAAGACUUUGUUGAACUCAGAUGCAAGAUGUGUUCUUUAUCCCAAAUCCUUAUACAACCUCAAUAUAUCAGAAUCUCAAGACGACAACCUGAAUCAUGUGGAACUGGUGACCAAUCAAAAAGACAUUGGCAGAUUCACCGACUACCAGUUGUAUCUAUCGAUAUCAGAGGCUUCAGGAAGUCCGGAAUACAUCAAAAAUAUUGCUGGGGAAUUUGUCUCGAGUAAACUGAAAAGUCGCCCUUUUGUCAGCGUUCAUUGGAGAUUUAAUAAAAGAGAUUUCAUGACAAGGUGUCGUGACUCCCCAAAGAGCGAUACCUUUAAAAAGAUGCUUUGCAAGAAUGUGAUGCGCAUAAAACCUGGGGAUAUAGCACAGACUAUUGAAAAGAAUAUUUCAGACCUGAGACGAAAUCAUUUGAAUAUAAAAGAUAUUUACAUCGCUUCACCGCCAAGCGAGAGAUCGGUGGUGGCCGGAGUCGCAAAAUUGCUAUACGAUAAGCACGGUUGGUUGACAUUUUCGUCUCUCGAUUUGGAUGAAUUCAUGAAGGCAAAGUACGAUUCAUGUGAAAUAUUAAAGUUACAUUUUGAAGACAUUGUUUCGACAACUGAGAUGGAGAUCUGUGGACUUGGGUCCGCUUUUCUCGGUUCUGCUCGCUCCACGUGGACUAAUAGUGUCAAUCUUGCUCGAAGUACGUCCACAGACGCGAACAUACGACCAGAAUUCGACGGGGAUAUAUUCAUGCUAUCAAUUUCAACAACAUAGAGAAUGUAAAAGAAGAUUGAGAACGCAAAGAUGGUGAAGAAAGAGGGAGAGAUAGCAAGGGAAUGAAGAACUAAUCGAUAAUUUAAUCUCGCACAUAAGAACCAAAGAUAUUGCCCAGCAAUUAGUCUUGUUGACUGAAUUACACCGAAGUUCAAAAUUUUCGAUUCCAAACCUUAUGUCAGUCACCAGAUCUAGGGUGUCAUAAAGAGAGUUGGCCAGGGUGGUCCAAGGUUGCGAGAUUGAAGGAUUGAUUUUUUUGAGAAGUUAUUGCGGGUCGCAGUCGGAAAACCCCAAAAGUGAUCAAAAGACUGCGAGUUUAUUUACUUGAAUAAAUUGCUCUUUUCUUGCUUUUGGUUACUCACAUGGCUCACGCAUGAGAAUAGAACUAAAAAAUUUACGAAACUAAAGUCACAAAACGUCUUUCCAGAUAAGGAGUUGCUUGAAACGAGUUUAAGGUGCUAAGUUGAUAUGAAAAGCGGGAUUAAUCUCAUCGGCCAGGCCCCAUCUUCGCAAGACCUAGGUUUGUACAAAGCGUUUUAACUUUUGGGCGAAAUCAUACACAAACAUAAGUCCAAGUGUUAUCAUCAUUAUUAUACACACCCUGUAUAAUACAUAACGUAAAUAUUUAUUUAUUUGAAAAAGAGGGUGAAUUCACGAUAAAAAAAAAUAUGAAUUUACAAAUUGUUUAUUGUUUGCUUGAAUUUACUAUUUAUUUUUUUUUUCGUUAUUUCGUAAACGUAUUUUAUAUUACAGCUAUAAAAUGGAUAUAAUACUGUGCAACUUUCAAAAUUACAAUACAUAUUGAGCAAAAUAUAGAAAAAA